GGAUGAAGGCAAGCUCUCACAAGAAGUAAUCCUUUUCGUCUCCUCGAUGGCAAGCAUCGAUCACCAGAGCCUAGGCCUAGCAUCCAGUGCCCUCAGCUUGGUGCAGCCGCAAUCCAGCAGAGGCGAGGUAGCAUGUUCGCCGCUUCAUUCCCUUUAGCUCGGACGGCAGCGGAAGCAAGGUAGCGGACCGCCGGCCAUGAGAGUUUCUCCUCCCCCCUCCUCGCUGGCCAUGAGAGAAAUGAGAGUUUCUCCUUCUCCUGCCGCCUCCUCGCCGUGCGUGCAUGGCCACGGAGGCAAGGUGGCCGCCUGUCUCGCGUUGGUUACCUUCAUGGUGGUCGCCUUGGAUGCCGGCACCGGAGCUUCGUCCUGGUUCGUUUCUUCCUCGUCUUCUCCUCCAGGCCUUCUCUCCUCCUUGCGGCCAACCGCGAGGGGCGGCGGCAAUGGGGACGCGGCCCCUCUCCUGGCGGCCUCCAGGUCCAGCUAUGCUGCUGCCGGCGGCAAGAACAGCACCGCCAAGGCGGCGCUCUUCCGGGAAGAUGCCGCCGGCAGCGACCCGGAGGUGGCUUCUUUCCUGAAGGCUGACUCCGGCCACGUCGACGGCCCGCCGCCGCCUAAUAUCUCGGUCGCGCCGGCGCCGGCUCCGGAAAGUGGAUUUGACGAUGCCCCUAGCCCCGAUGGCACGGUUGAAGUAAGGGUGCCGCUAAUGCAGAGGAGUGUGGAUGUAAAACUGGAGAGGUUGGAACUUAGUCUCGCGAAAGCCCGUUUAGUGAUAAGGGAAGCUAUCCAAAACAAGGACACGCGUCCUCCACUAACCGACAGGGAUUAUGUGCCGGUUGGACCGGUGUAUAGGAAUGCAAAUGCAUUUCACAGGAGCUACUUGGAGAUGGAAAAGUUGUUCAAGGUAUACGUGUACGAAGAAGGCGAGCCACCGGUGUUCCACGACGGUCCGUGCCGCAGCAUAUACUCAUCGGAGGGCAGAUUCAUAUUUGCCAUGGAGAUGGAGAACCGGAUGCGCACGAGGGACCCCGAGCUUGCCCAUGUCUUCUUCCUUCCCUUCAGCGUCGUCAAGAUGGUGAAGAUGAUCUACGAGCCGAGUUCGCGUGAAAUGGAGCCGCUGCGCCGGACUGUCUCGGACUACAUUGACGUUCUCUCGACCAAGUACCCGUACUGGAACAGGAGCCUUGGUGCGGACCAUUUCAUGCUCUCCUGCCACGAUUGGGGGCCAUAUGUGUCGUCGGCGAACGACCGUCUCUUCUCCAACUCCAUCCGCGUGCUGUGCAACGCCAACACCUCGGAGGGCUUCAACCCUUCGAAGGACGUGUCGCUGCCGGAGAUCAACCUCCGGACCGACAUCGUUGAAGAUCAGGUUGGCGGGCCGUCAGCAUCACGCCGCCCCAUCUUGGCCUUCUUCGCUGGCGGUGACCAUGGCCCCGUUCGUCCACUGCUCCUGCAACACUGGAAGGGCAAGGAUGCAGACGUGCAGGUGAGCGAGUACCUGUCCCGGGGCGUGUCCUACAUCAACGUGAUGCGGCGGAGCAAGUUCUGCCUGUGCCCCAGCGGGUACGAGGUGGCCAGCCCGAGGGUGGUGGAGGCCAUCUACUUGGAGUGCGUGCCGGUGAUCAUCGGCGACGACUACGUGCUGCCCUUCAGCGACGUGCUCAACUGGCCCGCCUUCUCGGUGCGGGUCGCCGUGGCGGACAUACCCAACCUCAAGACCAUCCUCGCCGGCGUGUCUCCGCGGCAGUACAUACGAAUGCAGCGCCGGGUGAGGACCGUGCGCCGGCACUUCAUGGUCAACGGCCCGCCGCGCCGGUUCGACAUCUUCCACAUGAUCCUGCACUCCAUCUGGCUCAGGAGGCUCAACAUCAGGCUCCAUGGACAAGACUGAGAUAUUCUUGGGUUUCCCUUCUUUUAGGGAGCGGUCUAACAAGCAGUCAACUGGUUUGUUUGUGUCCAGGCCAAAUUUCCUGUCCAGUUGUGAUUUGACACAUUUCAACCGACCUAGUUUUGCAUGGUAAAUAUUUUUGUUUGGUUUGGAUAAA